GUGUACCAACCGGCACAUGAUUCUCAUUGAAACCCCAGCUGGGCUGUGGUUCCUGCCACCCUUGUAUCAGCCUGGGGAGGGGAUUCUGCAGGUGCUCUGCCAGCAGGCUGGUAGCAGGCAACCUUGGCUUGUGUCCUAGGGGCCUGGGAACAGGGCUCCAGCCCUCUGCCCUCAUGUGGCUCCCAUCUCCUGCCUGCUGCCCCAGUGUCCGGCUAUGCCCUCCUCCCACCCCCUGUACCCGGCAGAGGUCUAGGCCCCGCCUCCUGUGGGCUCUGCCUCUGGGUUUCUCAAUGCCAGGAUGGAAGGACUGUGGGAGGGACAGGAAGAGUCCCUGGGGCCACUUGGAUUCCCUGUCCCAUCUCAUGCCUGCCGGACCCUGAGGCUGGCACUGUUAGGGGUUAGGUAUGGCAAGUCAGGAGAGGCUGGUCUGCCUCUGGCCUGAGGCGGGCCUGAAGCUUCCCUGCCCCUCCCAUUGGCAGCUGCCUCUGGGCCGCCCCGCGCUGGCCCCGGCAGAAGCAGGCAGCCUGUCCCUCUGGCCACAGAUGCGGGCUUCCCGUGUACACGAGGGCGAAAUAAGAGCACAGCAUCUGGGCCAGACUGUGGCCUGUCCCUGACCCACCAGUGGGGAGCAACGUGCGUCCACUUCUCUCCCUGGAGGGGAGGCGGUGAGGGUCGCCAGGGUCCAUUUGUGAAUCCAUCCGUGGGUUCCUUCCUGAGCCACCCCGUCCGCUCACGGGCCCCCAGUAGAUCCUCACAGGGCCGCUGGACGGGCUGCCGCUGCCGCCUGCACAGGGCCCUUCGAGGUUCUGGACGGGCUUUCCAAGGAGGCCAGGUGUAGCUGCGUGUUGAGGAGCGAAGGCCAAGGGGGAAGGGUAUUCCGGGCAGGAAAGACAGCACAGCAAGGUUUGAGAUGCAGGGAACAGCCGGUAGUCCCUGCAGCUUGGCUGAGGGGUGGGAGAAGGCAGCUGCGGGCGUGGUGCGGGCGAGAGAGCUGGAAACCAGGACUCCAGAGCUACAGCCCGCUGGCUGGGAGAGGGGGACCCUCCCCUCUGAGCAGGAGCCUUCCCACCUGAUGCUGCACCUUUGCUGCUGGUCCGGGUCACCCUCCCCCAUGGGAGAAACUCCGCCUGCACCCUGGCUGCCUGCCUCUGCAAUCUCCUGUCCUGCGUCUGGUCUUCCGUCUUUGCGGCUCUCUCCUGUCUGGCCGGUCUCUCUGCCCCUUUGUCCCCUGCCUUUCUGGUUCCAGUAGGUGUCUGUCUGUCACUCCUCUUCAUCCUGACAUCCAGCCGGUCAAUACCUCCAGGAAGCACCGUCCCCCAACUCAGACCGUUGUGCUGGACUGUGCAUCCCUCACUGCCUGGCGUGGCCCUCAGCAGGACACAGGGUCUCCACUCACCAGGCACUGACCACACUUGGGUGCCACCCUGGCUCUUCCAGCUUUCUCUUUCCUCCCGGAGAUGGGCAGGGCCUGGCCGAAAGAGGUGGCUUUGGGGCUGUCCUGGAGGGGAGGGACCGAAGGUGUGGAUCAGCUCCACCGCAUCCCCCUCUUCUGCAGGUGCCUACCGGCCCCCUCCUCUGUUCGUCUGGCGCCCCCUGGUGGCUUCAGCCUAUGUCUUGGCAGGUGUCCAGGCCCUGGACCGGGCUCCCUCCUCCCAGCGUUCCCCAGGCCGGAGGAUACGCCCAUGGCCCCUGUUGCCCUGAGGCCUCACCAGGCUGGCUCCUCCUGGUCUCCUGCAGCCUCCUGAGCCCUUCCGUUGUCACCUGGGCCUCUGUAGUUGCCCCUGUCUGGAGGUGCAAACCCCUCUCCCCAUCCUUCGGGUCUCUGUACAGAUAAACCCCCCGCCCCCCCACCCCGCCCCUCCGAUCUAGUGCACUCUCUGUCACAGGGUAACCUCCCAGGGUGCAGAGAGCUGACCCGACUCGGGACACGCCGCCUGCACUGAGCCUACCCCCGGAGGAGCUCAGACGGGCUGCUGAGGGCGGCUGGGCCCCGGGCAGGAGGAAGGCUGAGUAAUGAGGGAGGAGGGAAGCCAGGGGUCAGCGGCCGCAGCUGCCGUCCAAGCCGCCAGCGGCCGCCACCCUACGAACUGGCCCUGCUGAGCCCCUUCCCCAAACUCUCACUUAAUCAUACCGCCUGGCGGCGCCGGCGGCGCCGGCUAACCGGCAGAGUGUGGGCCCUGCCCGGGGGCUGGUGGGUGGGCACACAGCCAGCGGACUCAAACCUGGGCGCCUCCCGGCCUCGGCCUCACCUGAGGCGGCGAUCGGGGCCCGGGCUGGACGCCGCCUCCUUCCCAGCGGCGGGCCCGGGUCCAGCAGCGACGUCCCGCCGUGAAACGCCCAUUGUCUGCUGAGGCCGAGGGGGAGGGGACGGCCGUAGCCUGAGACCGGACACCAGGAGGCCGGGGCUGGGGGAAGGGGCCGCCCUGCCCCGUCCUCUUCCCCUCCCCCACCGGGACGGCCAGACACCUGUGACUCCGGGCCGCCUGGCGGCCGGCGCUCGACUGUUCGAUGCGCUUCCCACACAAGCGGGGUACCCUCGAGGUCCCGGCGGUGGGGACAGGCGGACCGCGCGCUCCGCGGGACCAGCCGAAGCGCCGCCGGCCGCGAGACCCGACAUUAAAGGGCCAGGGAAGCACCUGGAGGGGCGCAACCACACCGCCGUGUACUUGGGGGCACCCCCAGUGUGUGUUGUGUGACCGAGGGGCAAGUUUUGCAUUGCAUGAAGGCGUGCAGUGUGUAUGCACGCAGUGCCUGGGUCGCGCCAGCAGGAGCAGAGACAUUGACACGCACACGCGGUAACACGCAGACCGCAGCCCAGAACCGGGUCCUUCGUGCAGGCCGAUCCCCCCUGCGGGGACACAGACAGACCCUCGGACACUCCGCCGCGCCGCCGCUCACACGCACAGCCCAGCCCAGCCCAGCCGGGUGGGAGCGGGAGGGGACCCUGUCCCGCCCUACUCUCGCCCACCUACUCGCCCCCACUCCCCAGCCCCCCACCCCGCCCUCACACCUGCCUUCUCUCCAGCUCCAGCCUCCGCUCCCCCUCAUCUCCUACCCCGACCCCGGCCCCCAUCCCGACCCUGCACCCUCCCCAGCCCCAGCGCCCCACCUCUGCGCCCUCCCCGGCCCCCGCUUCCUUCCAGCCCCGGUCCCCCCAGCCGUCCUCCAGCGCCCGCAGCCCCUGCGUUCUCUUUUGUGCCGUCGCCCUCCCGUCCUCAUCCGCCCGACCCUCCUUGCGGCGGGAGCCGCGACUCCCCGCGGACGCUGGGGUCCCCGGAGGCGUCUUCCUUUGUCUCUGCUCCCCGCCCUCCCUCCGCGGCGCCCCUCGCCCCUCGCUCACCGCCUCAGCCCCGGCCUGGGCGCGGGGAGCGGGCGCGGCCCUCCGCGGCCGGCUCUUUAUUCUCUCCCUCCGGAGGCGCGCUCGCUCCUCCCGCUCGCAGCCGGCGCCGCUCCCGCCUCCGCCGGGGACCGAGCAGCCGGGACCCGCCGAGUCCCGGGCGAGGGGCCGCUCGCCGCCCUUCCCACUCGGACCGGCUUCUCCUGGGCAGCCAGGCGGGCAGGAUCCGGGGCUGCGGGACCCCCCGAGGCUGGCUCCGGGAAGACUGAGCCCAGCGGGAGCCCCGCGGAGAGCUGCCGGCGCCUCUGGCCCAGGCGCUGACCGGUGUGGACAGCAGGGGUGGUGCUGGCCCUCGGGUCCUCCUCCGCCUCCCUCCGAGCCCAAACUUGGG